AUGGAUUGGCUGGGAUGUUAUGAUAGGGCGAGGUUGUACAAUAUUUGUACGGACUUGUCGGAUCAUUCGGCUCUUUUUCUGGAUAUUUAUGGAUCGGUGCAUGCUACUAGGCCACGUAGUUUUCGCUUUGAGAAUGCGUGGUUGUUGGAUGAGGGGUGUAGGGGAGUGGUGGAGCAGGAGUGGGCCAGUUCACAGGGUUUGGAUAUGCAGGCUAGGCUUGUUCAGUGUGGUAAGGGCUUGAAAGCUUGGGGUGGGGAUUGGCACCACAAGUUUGGUAAGCGGAUUGGUGUGUUACGGAAGGAGAUGGACAAGAUGCGAGGUAGUCGCGAUCCUGCAUCGUUGGCUCGGUUUGCACAGCUAGACAGUUGCCUAAAUUUAGCCCUAUCUCAGGAGGAGGCUUUUUGGAAGCAGCGUGCUAAGCAGCACUGGCUGCGUGGGCAGAUCGAGGGUCAGGCUUUGGAUUCUCUGGUUACUUCGUAUUAUAAGCAGAUCUUUGCUUCAGGAGGUUCCCCAGGGACUUUCAGGGUGGAUUCUAUUCAGACACGUGUGACUGAAGCUCAGAAUGCUCAUCUAUUGCGCCCCUUUGAGCCGGAGGAGGUGCGGGCUGCUUUAUUUUCUAUGGGCAAAGAUAAAUCCCCUGGUCCGGAUGGCAUGAAUCCUGGUUUCUACCAAGCCUUCUGGGAUGUUAUCGGUAAGGAUAUCACUUCUUUUGUGCUUAAUUGCCUAUCCCAGUCAUCUUUCCCUGAUUGCUUGAAUGAUGCAAACAUUGUCUUGAUCCCUAAAAAAUGUGUUCCUGAGCAUGUUUCUGAUUUACGCCCGAUCGCUUUGUGCAAUGUUAUAUAUAAGAUUAUGGCUAAGAUGUUAGCGAAUCGUAUGAAACCCCUGCUAGAGAGUAUAAUAUCAGAUUCACAAAGUGCGUUCCUUCCGGGUAGGUUGAUCUCGGACAAUAUUCUGAUUGUUUCUGAGGUUGGCCAUUACUUGAGGAGGAAGCAGUUAGGCCAGGUAGGGUGGGCCGCGCUAAAACUUGAUAUGGCAAAGGCAUAUGAUAGGAUGGAGUGGUCUUUUGUGAAUGAUAUUGUGGGUCUGGGUUUUGAUGCUAAAUGGAUACAGUUGAUUAUGUUGAGUAUUCAAACCAUACGGUAUAGGGACUCCCAAACAAAAGGUCUUAUUCAUGGAUGUAGGGUGGCCCGGGGGGCACCACCGAUCUCACAUUUGUUUUUUGCAGAUGACAGCUUGCUCUUCUUUAAAGUUAAUCUGCAGGAAGCAUUGGAAGUUAAAAGAUGUUUGAGUGUUUAUGAGUCUUUUUCUGGCCAAGCGGUGAAUUUCCACAAAUCAAGCAUUUCAUUCAGCCGAAAUACACAUGAGGAGAUGCGGGAACUUGUUUCAGGGGUUUUGACGGUUUCUCAGGCGGAGGAUUUUGGGAAGUACCUAGGGUUGCCUUCCGUUGUUGGCAGAAAUAGGAGGGCGGUUUUUGCUUACAUUGAGCAAAAGCUGAGACAGAGGUUUGGCUCGUGGAAUAAGAGGCUACUAACUAAGGCAAGUAAGGAAGUUCUUUUGAAGAGUGUUGCACAUGCUAUGCCAACUUAUACUAUGAGUAUUUAUCUGCUUCCAAUCACUUUAUGUGUUUCUUUAGAGAGAUUGAUGAACAGGUACUGGUGGGGGAAGGGUGGUAAUGACAGUAGCAUACAUUGGUUGGCCUGGGACAGGAUGUGUAAAUCGAAGAAGUAUGGUGGAAUGGGCUUUAAACGUUUACAUGAGUUUAAUCUAGCCCUAUUGGCUAAGCAAGGGUGGCGGCUCCUUACAAAUCCCACAUCUUUAAUGGCGCGUGUUUUUAAGGCAAGGUACUUCCCGACUACUUCUUUUUAUGAGGCUGUUAUGGGUGGUAACCCAAGCUAUGUUUGGAGAAGCAUUAUGGCCAGCCAAGAUUUGUUAAAGUCUGGAUGCAGGCGCAGAAUUGGAAAUGGUACGUCUACGCAGGUUUGGACGACUCCUUGGCUUCCGGAUCGCCAGAAUCCUUAUGUUGAAAAUGAUCAAGUACAUAACGGCCACCCAAUGUUAGUUUCGGAUUUGAUUGAUGCCCACACGGGUAGCUGGAAUCAUGAUUUUUUGCACCAGAAUUUUAAUUCAUGGGAUACAGGGCUGAUUUUGAAAUUGCCUGUGAGUAUGGAUUAUGAGGAUAUAUGGUAUUGGGAAGGGGAUAUAAGGGGAUGUUAUUCGGUUAAAGAUGGUUAUAGAAGGUUGGGAUUCUUGAAUUCGAACCCUUCACCUGUAUGGAAUAAUGUUUGGAAGCUGCAGGUUCCCCCCAAAUGGAAGGUGUUCCUAUGGAGAGCCCUUUUGAAUAUAUUGCCCUCUCUUGAUAAUUUGAUAAAUAGGAGGGUCGAUAUAAUUAAUAUUUGUCCGUCUUGUGGCUUAGUUGAGGAGUGUGUUAUGCAUAUAUUUUGCUCGUGCCCAUAUGCUAUUAAUGUUUGGCAACUUUCUCAGAUUCAAAUUCCCCUUUUUGCCAACAUGAAUUUUUUACAGUGGACGGAGGAAUGGCUUGGCGGUGCAACAGGAUAUACACGUGAGCUACAAGGUAGAAUUUGUGGCAUUCUCCAUAGCAUUUGGGCUGCUAGGAACUCGGCAGUAUGGGAGUAUGUCUUGCCAUUGCCGAUUUCGCUUAUGAGGCGACACUUGGCACAAUGGUCUUCGUGGAUGGAUAGUCAGCAGAGCCAUGUUGGCGAUUACAGCAACCGAACCGUUUCAACACAUGCACAAAUUGUUACCACGGCGCCCUUGUUCCAUUGUUAUAUUGACGCCGGUUUUCACAGCCCCCAACAUACCGCGGCUUUUGAUUUUGUAGUCUUGGAUGGCGAUUCCUCCUUUGUGGCAGCGGCUAAUGGACCCUUGCCGUGUCCGUAUGAUCCCCUCUUAGCGGAAGCUAUGGCAAUGUGUGAAGCCCUCUCCUGGUUGAAGGAUAACGGGUACUCAGGUGGCAGAAUCUACACUGACUCAGCAGUUUUGGUUUCAAGUCUUAGUCAUGCUAGUUUGUUUCGUAACUAUUUUAGUUUCAUUCUUUUAUCUUGUAAUCGGCUAUUUAAUGCUUUACCCGGAUCUCAAGUUUUAUUUGUUAAUAGGGAGGCCAAUCAUGUGGCGCACUCCUUAUCUAAGCAUGUAUCUGCUAUAGCAUGA